AUUGAAUGAGCGGAGUGAUGAAACCGAUGAAACAUGAAAUGAAAGUUACAGAACUUUUCUUUGACGUUUGAGAAUUUUUACGUUAAAAAUAAACUGUUAGACAUUGUCAUUUAACAAAUUUCCAAUCAUGAAACGAUCGGCUUCUGAUGAUGAUGGAGCCGGAACAACAAAGAAACAAUUCUUUUCUGGGUCUUUUCCAGGUCAAACUUCAACUACUGUCUAUCACGUGGGGGAAUUGCAUAAUGAAAAAGAGGUGAAAAGAGCAGGACCUUUUGUCAUAGGGCCUAGACUGGGAAACUCUCCUGUCCGCAGCAUUACACAAUGUUUGGCAAGGAGAUCAAAAACCGAUGAAUUUUACACACUCAAAAUGCUUAUAAUGAAAACCCUUAAUGAAGAAACUCAGGAUGAAAAACAGGGGAAAAUGUUGCUGUUAACAGAAUAUAGUCUCUUGUCCCUUCUGCAUGAUCAACCUGGAGUCAUCCAUCACCAUGGGUUUUUUAAAGAUUUGGCCUAUGAGGAACAAGAGCUUCGAAAUGGAACUGUAGUCAUUACUGGGAAGAAAGUUAAGAGGCUAAAUCUUGUUCUUGAUUGCCUCUCACCCAAUGACUUUUGUCCCCACUCCCACAACUAUGUCAAUCUCCAGCAGUAUGUCAUCAAGGAGAAAAAGUUGACUGAGCAAGAAAGCCUUUGGAUAUUUAGGGAAAUUGUAUCUGUUGUCAACAGCCUUCACCAGAGGAACAUUGUCCACAGAGAUUUGAAACUGGGAAAUUUAGUGUUGAAUCGCCAAAACCGUCGUAUAACGCUCAUCAAUUUCUGUCUGGGAAAGCACCUAGCCAACGAGGAAGAUCUGUUACGAGAUCAGCGAGGAUCUCCAGCUUACAUUUCUCCAGACGUUUUAAGCGGCAAACCGUAUUUGGGAAAGCCUUCUGAUAUGUGGGCUCUUGGUGUAGUUUUGUUUACUAUGCUCUAUGGUCAGUUUCCAUUCUACGAUUCGGUGCCUCAGGAACUCUUCCGAAAAAUAAAAGCGGCCGACUUUACCAUUCCAAGAGAUGGCCGUGUUUCAGACAGUACAACUCGUCUGGUUCAAAAAUUAUUGAAUCUGAAUCCUCACCAAAGACUAAAGGCCCACCAAGUAGUCCAUGCUCUAGAUUCUACUAUAGCCACAGGGAAUCUUCCAUCUUCAUCACCUGAUCGAUCAUUGUUACAGGUUGUCCCCGAUAUUGAUUCUGAUCAACUAGGCGAAGAAAUAGAGACCCCAGCAGCCAACCUUCCUCGAGGGGUAUCGGAAUUUGAAAGUGUUUUGCAACGUCUUCAUGCAAUUGAGGAGUCAACAGGUAGUCUUCUGGCAUACCAUUCAGUCACUGUUCCUGGAUUAAGUCCAUUUCAAGUGGUCAAAAAACAUGGAAACUCUAGUGCUCAUCAUGCUCAUUUAAAUCUCCUCUCGUCACUCGGUCGCCAACAAGGAUCCAUUCGAGCUUUAAGUACCGAACAGAUGAAUCGUUAUCGGCACUUGUUACCUCCACGGAUGAUGACUCCCCAUCAACAAUUCCAUGAAGGAACCAGCGCCACCGCUGUCCAAAGAAUAGCUUCGUUUUCUUCUUAUGUCGCCCAGAGCCCGCCGUCCUCUUCCUCUUUACCUCAAUCCGCGCAAUCAUUACGAGUGGUGAACCCUGCAUUUUUCCCACCCAAUUUUCUUACUCAACGAUUGCAGCAACUGCAACAACAACAACAACAUGCGCAACAACAGCCUCCGGCUCCGGCUCCUUUAGCUUCAAUCAAUGGCACUCGUCGAAUCGCUAUCGACUCUCCGAUCUCUUCGUCAUCUCGACAGGAAGACCCAUCUGAAGAGCCGGAUUGAAAGCUUAUACAUCGCUGUGAUUCUAAUUGCUCUAAAUAAUCCCGCCAAGCUUCAUAGUCUUUAUACCAAGCCAAACGUACGCUUGUUUUCUGGAGUGACCAUUCCAGCUGAAAGUAUUUUAUAAUAUCAUUUAUAAAUUUGCAAUAAAAACAAACUAGUGGGUAAA